GCAGACAUUUCACCUCUUUGAAAGGCCUCUAAACUAACCAACUCCUUUGGUUUGCUCUUUAAGAAACUCAGCAUCACCACACUUCUCUUCUUCUUUAUCAUUCUUGAAGGGCUAUAUGGUAUGUCUGAUAAACACUUCAUAGUUGCAGAAUAUAUAGUAUCCACAAGCCAAUAUCCAAACACACUCCAAGCUUGUGUUUUUUUCUUCUUCCUCAGAAAAUGAACUCUCUAUCCCCAGCAACCAAACACAGAUAUGACAUCACCAUGUCCAGAAGAACCAGAAAGCAAACAUCUUCUGAGAAACCCAGAUCAGAUGCUAUUGCUGACUCAAAGAACAGAGACAAUGGCAUUGUGGUGUCUCUGGAGAAUCUUCUGCAGGUGAAAGAUGGUGAAGAGAUUAGUGAUCAUAAGAGUUUGAAGCAGCUGAUCAGAGGGGAUAGUGAGACUAAUCAUAAUAAUAAUAAUAAUAAUAAAGGAAGGAACUCACUGGGACAGCACUUCCAUGAAGAAGAGAAGAAUCUGCAGGUGGUGAGGAAGAACCAGAACGAUAGUGUUCAAGAAGGCUUGAAGUUCAAGAAACUGGUGAGACGUUAUGCAAAGGUUCUGGGCCACAUGAUGAAGGCCAAGAGAGAUCCUCAUUUAGGUGAAUCUGGGAAGAAACCUGUUUUCAAGUUACCCAAAUAGAAAAUUUUUUGUUUCAUCAUCAUGAUCAUACUUCUUCUCUUGUUCUUCAAGCAUCGCUUGUAGAUCAACUUGGUUUUUCAAUCAUUUUCUUGCAUCAUCUGAAUACUCUGGCUGUCGUUUUUAAUAGCAUCAAGUUAGUAUUUUUGCCUUCAAUUCUGUUUGUGUUAGAUUUGUUGUGUUAUCGAGUGUGUACUUGUUAGCGAUCAGACGAGUAUAUAAAGAUAUAUGUUGAAUCUAAUUCAGCAAGAUGAUAUGUAUGUGCCUGCGUGCGUGUGUUUGAUGGCAAAAUGACAACUUGUGUAUUCGAAUAAUUUAGAAAAUAAUUGGAGAACCAAAUUAAUGUAUGAACUAGUUAGUUUGCUCUGUUUUGAAUUCUUGUUUGAUUCUUGAGAGACCAAAUACCAUACAAGGAUUGUUAUUUCCUGAACAAAGCAAUUUACUAAA